AUGUCUCAGAACCUUGCAUCCCGUCGCAUCCCGUUGCGGACACGCAGCACCGCCUCUGCCACUGGGGCCCAGGCCAAAGAGAAUGCCGGCGUCACUGGCGUCUCGUCUCGAAGCGCUCGCUACGGUCUUGAAAGCGGUACUGCCGAUGCCGGUCCUUCCAAUCCAGCUUCUACCGUCACCGCGCCCACCAAGGCGUCAUCAGCUGCUUCCGCUGCUGCAGGCGUUCUCGGAACUCGGAAGAGGGCUGCGCUCGGCGAUCUUACAAACGCCAACCGCACGCGACCCAACAUGGCUGGCAACGACGACAAGGGCAAAGCUGCCUUGAAAGAUGCCAUCAAGCCUCGCACCGCCGGCACCACCACCUCGGCAUCCACCUCGUCGCGAUCAGCCGUUGCCGCCGCCACCACCACCACCACCACAGGCGUUGGCGCUGCUCGUCGCGUCGUUCGCACCCGCACCACUACUGCCGUCGCAGAUGUCGCCGCUAAUGCUGGCGAUCGCCCCUUGCGUACCUCUAGACGCGUUGCCGGCACCACUGCUUCUACAACAUCAGCUAUUCCCUCGGCAGCGUCCUCCAGAUCAACAUCCGCCGCUGUCCCUGCUGCCACCACCUCUGCUGUCGCUGCUGCUCGCAAGGGCUCCAUGGUCCGCAGUGCGUCGGGCAACUCGCAGACCGGUCUCCGUCGUGAUACCUCCGCCAUCACCUCGGGCGUCGCCCCCGUCGCUGCUGCUACCUCGCGGUCAUCCAAGGUUCAGCUCAACGAGGUCCAGGACACCGAUGACAAGAUGGAGGCUCCCCAGGCCAAGCGUCUCAAGACCGAACAGGCCAACAAGCCCGCGAAGGACGAAGGCUGGGAAGACCUCGACGCCGAAGAUGCCGAAGACCCGCUCAUGGUAGCUGAGUACGUCAACGACAUUUUUGAGUACAUGAAGGAGCUCGAGAUCCUCAACAUGCCCAACGGCGACUACAUGCUUACCCAAAAAGAGAUCAACUGGGACGUGCGCGCCAUCCUCGUCGACUGGCUCGUCGACGUCCACGCCAAGUUCCGUCUGCUCCCCGAGACGCUAUACCUUGCUGUCAACAUUAUCGACCGAUUCCUCUCGCGACGCACCAUCUCGCUGUCCAAGCUGCAGCUUGUCGGCGUCACAGCCAUGUUCAUCGCCUCCAAGUACGAAGAGGUCAUGUGCCCGUCGAUCCAGAACUUCUACUACCUCGCCGAUGGCGGCUACACGGACGUCGAGAUUCUGCGCGCCGAACGCUACGUGCUCAAGGUGCUCGACUUCAGCAUGUCGUACGCCAACCCCAUGAACUUCCUGCGUCGUAUCAGCAAGGCGGACAAUUACGACAUCCAGACGCGUACGGUCGCCAAGUACUUUAUGGAGAUCUCGCUGCUCGACUACCGGCUGAUGGAGCACCCGCCUUCUCUCGUCGCUGCUGCCUCGGUGUGGCUGGCGCGCGAGGUGCUCGAGCGUGGUGAGUGGACGCCGACGCUGGUGCACUACUCGACCUACUCGGAGCAGGAGCUGCUGGGCACUGCCGAGAUCAUGCUCGACUACUGCUUGCGACCCAUCACGCACCAGUUUUUCCACAAGAAGUACGCGCACAAGAAGUUUAUGCGCGCCUCGACCUAUGUGAUUGACUGGGCGCACAAGACGUUCCCUGAGGGAGUGGUGGGCGUGGAGGAGCAGCAGGAUCUCAACGUGCUUCGUAUCGAUCUGUACGAGCGCAAGGAGGUUGAGCGCCCGGAGCAGUCGCCCAUCUCUUCGUCGCGCGCCAACACGCCUGCCACGAGCAACCACGGCCAGGCGCACUUUGACGAUACUGAGCCCAGUCAGAAUGUCGAUGGCGACGAUACGGUUUCGUAUGCGCAUGACGAGGAUGAAGAUGAGGAGGACGAGGUACAAGAGAUCGACGACGACGUCGAGCAGCUGUUGGACGACGUCAAGGGCGGGCGUCAGGAUACCCGACAGGUGCUGCGCGACGUGACCAAUGCGUAUGAAGCUACCGAGACGUUCUAA